UACAAAUAAAAAAGAAUAUUACUAGAUCCUAAUACUACAUAAUAGGACUACGUCAAAGUUUGUCUUUUUGAAAAACUAGCCAAAUAAAAAAUGAACUAGCCACCUACUUUAUAAUUUCCUUGACUUUAGAUCAACAUGGAAGAUGGCAAGGAAACUGCUUCCCCUAUGUCAAGUCAAGAAAAGAGGCCUUAAUAUAACACAAGAGAUAGAUGAUCAGUCUUUGACAUGGAUUCAACGACCAAUGGAGAAGCCUCUUCCUAGCUCUUCGUCGUCUUCUGACACCCAUUCAUGGACAUAUGAUGUCUUCCUCAGUUUUAGAGGCGAGGAUACUCGCAACAACUUUGUAGGUCAUCUGUACAACAAUUUGGUUCAGAAGGGAAUCAAAACCUUCAUAGACAACGAGGCGCUUAAAAGAGGAGAGGAAAUAUCAUCAGCGCUUCUCAAGGCAAUUGAGGAAUCGAGGAUUUCUGUUAUUGUCUUCUCCGAAAACUAUGCUUCCUCAAAGUGGUGCUUAGAUGAACUCGUUCACAUCUUUCACUGUAAAGAACAACUGCAGCAGAUGGUUUUUCCAGUUUUUUACAAGGUGGAUCCAUCGGAUGUGAGGAACCAAAGAGAGAGUUUCGGUAAGGCACUUGCUGACCAUGAACGCAAGUUCAAAGAUAACAUGGACAAGGUGUUGAGAUGGAGAGAAACUCUUACAAAAGCAGCAAAUUUGUCUGGGUGGUCAUUCCUGGUGGACGGCCAUGAAGCUAAAUUUAUUCAAAAGAUUGUUGAAGAGAUUUCGUUCCAAGUAUUAGAUAGCUCCUGCCUGAAUGUGGCGAAGUACCCGGUUGAAAUAGAGUUACGUGUCAAUCAAUCCGGUUCGGUUUGUUUCGAUUUUCGAUCUGCUCGUGUCCUCACUUGCCCGCAAUUAGCCCUCCAACGCCAUCAAGAACAAACCGAGGAUCAAAAGGGCCACCAGCACCUUCCCCUUUUCAGUCUCUCCCACCCGUGUCGUUCCUCUGACGCCGCACCACCCGCAACCACCACCAAUCCUGACCGAGACCGAGACCGAGACCGAGACCGAGACCGAGACCGAGAUAGAGAUAGAGACAGAGAUCGAGAUCGCAGUCCUUAAUGGUGCUGCUUCCGCCCUCGCUUACUUAGCUGGAAGAUUUGGUAGGAUUGGCUUCGAUCACUGUCGCAGUCCUUCAAUGGUUGCCAUUGUGGCUGCCUUGAUCCUUAAAAAUUGUAUUUUGAUUUGAGUUUUGACUGUGGUUUCUGUGCACACAUCUAUUUAUUUUAGGUGAUGAUAAAAUUACAAAAUGCAAGUAAUUUUAUGGUAAAAGAUUUUUUAAGGGUUCUAAUUUCUCA